CAAAGUUGUAGUAGGAAACUAGGAAGGAUUGUUUUUUUUUCAUUUGUGCCUUCUUUGAUUAGUAAUUUAAUAGUCAAUAAGCUUUUAUAGUGUUUAAUCUAAUAAUGCCGCCACCAGUUUCGGUUUCAAUAUCACCCCCAGUUCUUUCAUUUUUAAUGCUCGAAAACGAAAAAUGCCACUACCAGCAGGAAGGCUUCCUAUUCGGCGAAAUAAACCAAAAAGAAACCAAAAGCAUCACCGACAACGACCACCAACAGAUCAACAUCAGCACUACAAUCAGAAUCGACUCCUCCACCUCCUGCCCCAAAAUACACUAUUUCUACAAUAACAUAGGAAAAAUCGACGAGGAGAAGCUCAAAAGAUUCUUCGGCGAACGCUUCGACAGAAUCAUCGGCUGGUACGUCUACCAGAACAGGCCUACGACCAACCUCACCCUGCGCUAUCGGCUCAUCCACAGGCAACUCUGCGAACUCUUCCAGAAAUCCAGGGAGUUCUUCGCCUUCGGGCUGCUCAACUACGACAGAUCCUCGAACGGGUCCACUCACACGUUCGCCCAAUCGUUCUAUCGGUGCACCGAAUUGGGCUGGGACAAGUUACCGAUGGUUAUUCCGAAUUUAUCCGAUAACGUGAAUGCUUACAGGACGCCCGAAGCGCCUUCGGUUACCUUCGAUGGGAUUCUGGCGGAGAUCGGGAAGAGGGAGUUUAACAAAGCGCCGUUGUGGGUGAUUAAUCGGGUGCAGAAUACCGUGCAGGAGCAUAACGAGGCGCUUGUUAAGGAGGUGGCUGAGGCGGAGAGUCGGUUGUGGGUGUUGCAGCGGGAAGUGGAGGAGAAGUUGAAGGAGUUUAAAGAGAGAAAGUUGACCGGUGUGGCGUCUUCUUCGCUUUCGAUAGAUGACAAAGAGGAAGUUGGGAAUACUUCAUCGACUGAGUCGCUUUAAAGAGAAUGGUAAGGUAAAAUUAAAGAAAAAAAAAACGCUAUUAACCGAUGUUUGUUUAACAAUUUCGUUAUUUUAAUGAAAGUGUAAUUUUUAAGUGAGGAUGUAUUAUUUAUUGUAGAUUUUAAACGUG